AUAGUUAUAAUUGAUUCUGCAUCUUAUGUCUUUUCCUUAAGUUCGUGACUUAUGGAAAUCCAAAUUACAAACAACAUGUAUUCAACAUUGUUAAAUGGUCAACAUGAUGCCUAAAAAGCUGGUAUGUGGUAACAAUGCAUACCUCGAGAGGAUAAAAAUGCGCGUGGAUGGAAAAUUUGUACCAUAAGCAUCAAAAGGCACGCCAGUAGGUAGUUGCCUUGCAGGGUAGAAGAAAGUUGUUAAGGGAACGCCAAGGUAUACCUUGCCAUUAAAAGCAGUAAGCGAAUAGCAUAAAUUUGGCAAAACAAGACAAUUCUAAGUAGGUAGAGAAACAAGAAGAUAAAAAUGAGUCUUGUACGCUCAGUUGGUCAUUUGUCGUUUCAAAGCGAAGGCAACGGUUGCAAAAUGGAAGUAGAGGUAGGCAGAGAAGCCGACCACAACCGCAUACCAAAAUGCGCAAGAUGUCGCAAUCAUGGCUUGAACAACGUCUUAAAAGGCCACAAACAUUAUUGUCCGUGGAAAAAUUGCCCAUGCGAAAAAUGCCAGGCAGUGCUGGAGAGGCAGAGGAUCACGGCAGCAAGGGUAGCAUCGCUAAGGCAGCAAAGAAAGGCACAUGAGUUCAGGACACAAAUGGAUACCUCAAGCAAUGAUACAAGAGAAGCAAAAUUGAGUUCAUCUGGCUUGCAUAGUGGGACCAUGAAAAGCCGAGUGAUGUUUCCUGUUGGGUACACAGUGCAAGAAAUUCUUGGUCUGGAUCAAGGGAAGGAAGGCAAACAAAUUGGCUACAGGAAAGAUGACGAUGAAAGUUCGACAGGCACCCCAGCUUCUAUGUCACCUGUUUCAAGCCCAAAAAUGAGCACCACGAUAUACAGCUGGAGAGGGAAAGGCGAAACCGAGAAAGAAGACGAGGGGGAAUCAAAAGUCGAAGGCGUUGAACGGCAUGGGACCGAAAGCCCAGCGUCAUCAGCCUCUGAUCAACCUGUCUCUCCUUGUGUUCCCUACAUCACAUCCCGCAGCAGAAUAAAUGCACUGCCUCAAACCCAACUCGAGGUUUUAUCGAAAAUAUUUCCUGCAUAUCCAACAGACCUGCUCCAGAUAACACUCAUGGAAUCCAGGGGGAGUGUGUCUCAAGCAGUUGAGAGAGUAUUGUACGGCUCAGUGCCUCGCACAAGACAUGGCGCACCAUUUCACAGAUCGCAGUCGAGCGCGUUCAAAGAGACAGAGCGGCAUGACUGUGGAUUGGCAACGUUGUCCACAUUAUCAACUCUAGUGAGAUACUGCAAUCGAUGCGGUUACCGCGCCUUCGCAGCAGAUAAUUUCUGUUCAGCCUGUGGGUGUAUAUUGCGAAGGCGUUAAAAGAACUGAAAAGACAUCGAAUUGAGAAAAAACAUCGAACUGAAGGAAUUGAUUCGAGAUUAGAACAGCGCAUUGAACAAGUUGCAUCAUUCAAACUUCAGCAAUUGAAUCAUGGCCCAAAGGUGUUAGCGCCAGGAAAGCAAAGCAAAGAACAAAAAUGGUAAAUUUUUAAUAUAGAUAAACUGUGAAUCAAACGAAAAACUUUAUAAUCAUUGAAAACAUUCGGGUAUUGAAGACUUGAUGACUAUCAGAGAGCUAUUUUAAAAGUGAGAGCUGCUUGGAAACUGGCUUUUGUAGAACUUGUAAGCAAGCAUUCUAAUGAAACUGCUGACAACAUCUUUCUAAUUUUUUUGCAACAUACAUGUGAAGCAUGGCUUGUGGAAAAUAUUAUUUAUUCGUAAAAAUUAAGUCUUAAAUUCUUAAACAAUAACUUAUUUAACUUUCAUAAACGUCGCGAUUAUAUAUUAAAAUUAAAAUUAAUUAU